GACAAACCCUAUAUUUAAAAAAACAAUAAAAACAUUGGCAUGAUGGUUGGUUUUACACACAGACACGCACGCACGCACAUAAACGAACUUCUGAUUCUGUAAGGCUCAGUCACGUUGGCCAAGUCCAGCCACUGUAAACUCACAUUGUGCGUCACACUCGGUGAUCGCCAAGGCUUUAUUGUCUCAGCUGUAAAAGAUCGUUCCUUGCCAUGCAUGUGUGUGCGUGUGUGUGUCUGUGUGUGAAGGUGGCAUGCGGCUUCAAGGUAGCCAGGCAAGUGUUAAUAAAUCAAGGGUCCAAAGAUCAGGAGACACUCCAUCAAAACGACAAGACAGGCAGCAGAGGUCAACCAGUUGUCAUCUGCAGCUGCUGAGCUUCACCGCCGUUUACUCCGACUACAGCUAGCUAGCUAGCUAGCCGCUCGCUUUCCCGAGGAGCCACGAGACGUCGAUGGAGAUGAAGAGCAUUUUGAAAUCGGACAGAAAGAACGUCUCGCUGCUGAAGGCGCAAGAGCACAGCACCAAGCAGAGCAGCUCCAUCGGGGCCCUGCGCUGGUGCUUGCCCGAGGAGGACAUCCAGGCCCACAACUCGGCCCCCAGCAGGCCCGUCGCCAGCGGCAAACUCACCGGACACUCGCACACGCAGCAGCAGCCUCGCCAGAGUAGCCUGAAGGAUCUGCGCAGCCUGCAGGAGUGCGUGCAGUUCCUCCAACACUGGAAGGAGCAAGUGGACCAGGUUUGCAAGCGUGCCGUUUCCGUUCCGGAGCCGACGACCAGCAACGCCGCGAAGUCCGACUCGCGGACCGAGCGCAGUCUGGAGGAGAGCCGUAAACUCAUCUUGGAAUGGGCCAACGAACUUCGUCACGUGGACAAAGUCCGUCCUCGCACCGCCAACCUGAUGGGCGACGUCUCGCAAGAGAAGCCUCACGCGUUGACUCAGGUCGUGGAGGGCAAGCCCUGCUCACCUGAGGCUGAAGAACCCAACAAGGACUUAGACGCCAACGAGGACGCACAACUGAGGGUGAUGGAGUGGGCCAAGGAGGUACAGAAGGUCUCCGAGAGCUGCGGGGUGCACAGCGACGAGCUGGGCAAAGUGCUGCGCCUGCUGGGCCUCAAGAAGAAGCGACUGGUCAGCCUGCUGCCCCUGCUGGAGUUCAUCACCUGGUCGCUCCUCAUGGAGGACAGCGUGGGGACAAUCCCGCAGUUAUGGUUGCCGGUAAAGCAGCGCACGUGGAAAGCGGGGACGUCCCGAUACAUCCCCAACUCGGUUUGGAGUUGGAUUUGCAGCGCAGAAGCCGAUGUGAUUCUGGACCCGAUGACCAACCACCCGUGGCUGACCCUGUCCGAGGACCGGCGGCAAGUCCAGGAGGGCCUGUCGCAGGCCGACUUGCCGUACAGCUCGCAGCGCUUCGACGGCUGGCCCUGCGUGUUGGCCUGGGAGGGCUACGGCCGCGGGCGCCACUACUGGGAGGUGGACAUCGCCAACGACGGCUACUGGCGCGUGGGGCUGGCCGGCGUCCGCUCCAAACGGAGCGGCCGCUUCCCCAUGUGCCCCAAGACGGGCUACUGGUGCCUGUGGCGCGGGACGCACCAGUUCUACGCCUGCACUAAGCCCGAGACGGCGCUGCCCGCCGGCCUGGUGCCGCGGCGGCUGGGCGUCUACCUGGACUGCGAGGAGGGCCAGGUUUCUUUCUACAACGCUCAGAGCAAGACGCACAUCUACACCUUCACCACGGACUUCAAAGGCAAGGUCUACCCGCUCUUCGCGCCGCUCGACGGCCGCACUCUCAUGACCGUCGUGCCGCCGCGGGCCACCCGGAGCCCCGCUUCCGCCGCUCUUUGGGUCGCUUGAGACGGCUUCUUUUUGGCCUCCAAACGACCGCCACGAGCGGCUGUUUC